CACAACUUUUUUCUUCUCUCUAAAUAUAGAUACAGGUUUCAUGUGUCUAUAGAUUUUGUACGUGUUCACACUUUUUUAGAGAGAGAAAACAGUACACACACACACAGUGUUGAGAGAAAGACACUUCUCUCCCUUCACGACUCCAGUUUCAAAACUCUCUUUCUAAACCAAAAAGGAAAGAAUCCGAUCAUGGCGAGAUGUUUCAGUUGAAUCUUUGUUAGAUUCACAUGGGUUUUUGGUUUAUUUUCGUCUUCUCCAGAGACCCUUUCUCUUUUGUAGUUUGACCCUCUCCAGGUAUACCUCUCUCUCUCUCUCUCUCACACACACACAACACACGAAUAUGUGUGGAAAGCUGGAAACCCGUAUUUAUUUUCUGAAUCUAUUUCUGGGUAUGAAAUAUUUAUUGUUCACAUGCUUUUGCUGAAAUGGGUUUCAUAAACUUUGUCAUUUUUGGAGUUUAUAGUGUACAAGUUGGGGAUUCGAUUGGAUUUCGGUGUUUUACCGUCGAAUACUUCUUUAUUUUGUCGGUGAGCUUGUUUGAUUGCUUUGCAUGUUAUGAUCGGUGUUCGAAUUUGCUGAUUUUUUCGUGUUUGGGUUUUAUUGGAUUACAAAAACAGCAUCGAUUGUCAUGAUCAUCGGCAGUUAUUGCUUCUUAAUGGCAAUCCAUAAGAACAGUUCCUCAUUUACCUUUUGGAAUUUCCUCCAUGGUAGCCCCCUCUUCCAUCCCUUAGCUGCUAAAUGCUUUGAUUUUUGCACAUUUAUGUGGGUUUGUAGGUUGUGAUGAUUAGAGGCUUUUCAUUCAUUCAAUUUAGGACAAUGUUUUGAUUCUGUUUGAGUUGCAUUUAUGCAUCGUAAUUUGUGAAAUUGAAUUGAGAGGGAUACCAGUCUUUGAUUUAGAUGGAAGUUAUGUACUUUGGGGGUUUGUUUUGGAAUACCCAUUUACCCACUUUUAUGUAGAGAAAGAUUAAGAAGUGUAAGAUGAUUCUCAUCUGUAGUUGUUGGAUCAAAACCGACAGAUUAAAUCGGUUCAUAUAAUCGUAGAAAAGGCUAAUUAAGUUCUAUAUAUUUAACAGUAACUGAGCUGAUGACAUUCCUUUUUCUAUCUAGUUUCACUAAUUACAGCGACGAAACUCUGAUUGUGAUUGGCAUGUUCUUCCAAUUGUUUUUCGUUCUACUGUGUAUCCCCUGUUUGAGAUCUUCCACAUACAGUGUCUUGCUUUGUUUUUUAUAAAGUAUUUUAUAUAUAUAUAUAUACACGGAAAAUACUCACGCACACACCUCAGCUUUGGUGAGAUUUGAAUGGAGGCUGGGCGCUACUGAUAACCCAUGUACCGCUGGGCCAAUGACCCUUUGUUGUGUCUUGCUUUCUUGAAGAUAAAUGGAGAUCCACAAGAUUUCUCCUUUGCUUGAUUCCCUGAAAAAGUCGGUGAUUUGACUUUGAUAUAUUAGUUUGUAGUGAUUCCAAAGACGGCAUACUGUAGGUCCUUCAAUAGUAAAGUAAAUGAAUUUCUCGAAAGCGGUGGGAGGUGGAGCAAGGGGAAUGUUAUCUGGAUCCGAUGCGUAUCACGCUUCAAGUGAUGCCACUCUUUUCUCAAGUUCGUUACCUGUUUUGCCUCAUGAAAAGUUGAUUUUAAAUAAUACUGAAAACGGUCGUCAAUCUGUGGAAGGCAAUGAUUUGCUUAAAGAUAUUGAAGAGCAUAUUGGAAGCUUGUUACCUGAUGAGGAUGAGCUCUUAGCUGGUGUGAUGGAUGGUUUUCAUCCGAAUUUGUUUCCUAACGGUGCGGAUGAGUCGGAGGAGAUUGAUCUUUUUGGAAGUGGAGGAGGAAUGGAAUUGGAAUCUGAUUUGAUCGAUAGCUUGGGUAUGGGGAUGUCAAAGGUAAGUUUGGGUGAUGGGGUUGCCGCCAACGGGGUGGCUGCAUACAAUCCUCCGAAUGGUGUGGGAACUGUGGCCGGGGAACACCCGUAUGGAGAGCAUCCUUCGCGAACGUUAUUUGUGCGUAACAUCAACAGUAAUGUUGAGGAUUCAGAGCUAAGAACUCUGUUUGAGCAAUACGGUGAUAUUAGAACACUGUACACCGCAUGUAAACACCGGGGGUUUGUGAUGAUAUCUUAUUAUGAUAUUCGUGCUGCUCGAACUGCUAUGCGUGCGUUACAGAAUAAGCCUCUACGGAGGAGGAAGCUGGACAUUCACUACUCCAUCCCAAAGGAUAACCCAUCGGACAAAGAUAUAAAUCAAGGAACAUUGGUUGUUUUUAAUUUGGACCCGUCGGUUUCAUGUGACGACCUUCUUCAAAUAUUUGGGGCAUAUGGCGAGGUUAAAGAGAUACGAGAGACACCGCACAAAAGGCACCAUAAGUUCAUCGAAUAUUAUGAUGUUAGAGGUGCAGAAGCAGCACUUAGGUCUCUGAACAGGAGUGACAUAGCUGGGAAACGCAUAAAGCUUGAACCUAGUCGCCCUGGUGGAGCUCGUCGAAACCUAAUGUUGCAAUUAAGUCAAGAGUUUGAGCAAGAUGACACUCGAAGUCUGAGACUCCAAGUGGGUUCCUCGAUUGCCAACUCUCCUCCAGGUGUCUGGCCACAAUUUGGCAGUCCUAUAGAACACAGUCCGCUGCAAAGUCUUAGCAAAUCGCCUGUCUUUACUUCAAUGAGCCCUACCAUCAUUGGCAACAGUUUGCCUGGGCUGGCUUCUAUUUUGCAUCCUCAACCAGCAAGGAUAGCACCAAUUGGCAAGGACCAUGGAAGGACUAACCGUAACCAUCUUGAACAAAAUAUGUUCAAUGGAAGUUCAAACAGUGGAUCCACAUUUCAACAAUCUCAUUCACUGCCAGAGUCCAAAUUGAGUCAGUUUAAGGAACCCAUGUCCUCUUUUGGUGGUUCAAGCUCAACUGGUUCAGGAAUUGAAACGUUAUCUGGUCCACAAUUUUUGUGGGGUAGUCCCAAUAUAUACUCUGAACAACCCAAGGGACCUAGCCAUGGCUUUCCUGUCACUGGUCGAUCACCAACCAUGGCUCAUCCAUUUGCUACGACCAAGGGUCCCCCGACCCAUGGGUUUCCCAUCGCAGGGCGCCCUGCAUCUUUGCUUGGUUCAUCACAACACCACCAUCAGCAUCAUCAUGUUGGAUCAGCACCAUCUGGGAUCCCAUUCGAAGGGCAUUUUAGUCGUUAUCAUGAGUCUCCUGAAACAUUGUUCAUGAGUCCUCCCGCUUUCGGAGGUGUAGGUAUAGGUCAUAUUGACAGAGGCUUCUUAGGUUCUCGUGGGUCUGUUGAAAACGGUUCUCCAAGUUUCAGCACCAUGUCUUCUCCCAGGCUUAAUCCCAUGUUUCUUGGUAACGGACAUUACGCAGGGCUGGGACCCACUAUUGUAGAAAGUAUGAGCGAGCGUGGACGGACCCGACGUGUUGACCAAAAUGGAAGUCAGACAGAUAGCAAGAAACAGUUCCAGCUCGAUCUUGAUAAAAUCACGAGUGGGGAAGAUACGCGAACAACUUUGAUGAUAAAAAACAUUCCUAAUAAGUAUACUUCAAAGAUGCUGCUCGCUGCCAUUGAUGAAAAUCAUAGUGGCACUUAUGAUUUUCUUUACUUGCCCAUCGAUUUUAAGAACAAAUGCAAUGUUGGGUAUGCGUUUAUCAACAUGCUUUCGCCGAUGCAUAUAAUCCCAUUUUACCAGGUUUUCAACGGGAAGAAGUGGGAGAAGUUCAAUAGCGAGAAAGUGGCAUCGUUGGCAUAUGGUCGUAUCCAAGGAAAGGCGGCCCUCGUGACCCAUUUUCAGAAUUCCAGCUUGAUGAAUGAAGAUAAGCGUUGCCGGCCUAUUCUCUUUCACUCCGAGGGAUCAGAGUCUUUUGAUCAGGAACCUCAGCCAUCUAGUAGCUUGAACAUCCAAGUGCAUCCAUACACUUCGGCUAGCCCUCCGGAAGAUUAAGGUUAAGGGUGAAAACGUCUUUUUGACGAGUUGUAGCAGACUGCUGACUUUUGACGGUACAUAUUAUAUGAUUAUGUAUAGAAGUAGGAGAUAAAAAAGAUGAAGGUGCAAAGGGGGGUUUUUUUGUGUGUAUUUUGACAAGAAAAGAAAGAGGUGAAUGACCUUGAAAUGUAUAGAGGAUUAGGUGGAGAGAUUAUAAGCUAUUUCCUGUUUUUCAGCUCUUCAUUUUGGAAUUGUAUAGUGGAAGAAGGGAGAAACACUUGUACUACUUUUGUGCUUCAUAUUUACUUGUCUUAAGGGGCCAUUUACCUAAA